AUGGAUCGUGUCUUGAAAGCGUUGACAUACUUGAAGAGGAAUCAUCCCGAAUACGCGAGUAUUCAAUUGGAUCCUAACUUCCGCUUCAAGUUCGGAGAAGACGUUCUAUUUGAGAAGUCUGGAGCAAGUCAAGCGGAUGCUGACAAUCUUAUCCGGAGACAACCGAUUCAAGGAUCAAUUCUGCUCGAAGAAGUGUCUCGCGUUCAAGCACUGAUGCCGGUAAAUCAACCAACAGGCAACUCACGUCUGCCGGCUCAACAGUUCCAGCUGCAGCGUAUCAAAGCUCAGCCGUUCAACAAAGAUGUGCCCAACUUGGAUCUCAUCGCGUUCACGGAUCUCUUUCCGAAUGGAAACGGUGGAUUCAAUGCGGAAAGAGCUAAAAAGCUGAGCGCUUCGCAGUACAUCCGUGCAGUUCUAUUGAAUGAAUAUCGAGGAAUUGCGUUGUCGAUGCACUGGACGUGCUAUCACGUACGCUCGAAAAAUUCAACUUCAGAUAUCAGCAUGCCAAGGAGUUCGAUCCCCGUUGUACCUUGA